UUUCAAAUUUCAUUGAGCGGCCGUCAUGGCGGAGGCGCUCGAACUCGGCAAGGACCCCGUCGGGCCUUCGCAUUCCUCGACGCUCUUCGUGAACGCCGACGGCAGCCCCAUGUCCUUCUACGUGCGGCCCAGCGCGGCGAAGCGGCGCCUGUCGACGCUGAUCCUGCACGGCGGCGGCAGCGUGUGCCGGGUGCAGGAGCCGGGCGCCGUGUUGCUGGCGCAGCCGGGCGAGGCGGCCGCGGAGGCUUCGGGCGACUUCAUCUCCACCCAGUUCGUCCUGGACUGCGUGGAGCGCGACGAGAAGCUCGACCUGGAGGCCUACCGCCUGCGGGACAAGGAGAAGGAGGCGGAGAGCGAGGCCGAGGCGGAGGCCGAGGCGCCGCCGUCCACGGGCCGCCUGGCCUUCACGGACGCCGACGACGUGGCCAUCCUGACGUUCGUCAAGGAGCACGCGCGCACGGCCGCCUCGGCCUCGGGCACGGCGCUCUGGAAGGCGCUGGAGAGGAGCGCGCGCACGGCGCACCCCUGGCAGGCCCUGCGCGACCGCUACCUCAAGCGCCUGCGCGGCCACGAGCACAAGUACCUGCUGGGCGACGCGCCCGUCAGCCCCGCCAGCCAGAAGCUCAAGCGCAAGGCCGAGCAGGACCCCCAGGCGGCGGAGAGCGGGGAACCACAGAAUAAGAAAACUCCAUAUUGCCAAAAGAGAAUUUAUUGCAAAGAAGAGAUCAAGGAGAAUGAAGUAGCGGUCAAAAAAAUGCUUGUGGAUGCCACCAGGGAGUUUGAAGAGAUUGUGGUGGAGGAGAGCCCUGAUUUUGAAAUCCACAUAACAAUGUGUGAUGAUGAUCCCCCUGAAGAAGACUCAGAAACACAGGCUGAAGAGAGAGGAGGAGGAAGAAGAAAAGUCUCUCCUUCUGAGGUGGGAGUGGCUAUUAAGAUCAUCCGGCAAUUAAUGGAAAAGUUUAAUUUGGACCUCUCAACUGUUAUACAGGCCUUCCUGAAAAAUAGUGGUGAGCUCGAGGCUACUUCCUCUUUUUUAGAGUCUGGUCAGAGGGCUGAUGGGUAUCCCAUUUGGUCCCGACAGGAUGACUUAGAUUUACAAAAAGAUGAUGCAGUUACCCGAGCACUCGUCAAAAAAUUUGGUCCUCAUAAUGUAGCUCGGAGAAUUGAAUUUCGAAAGAAAUAAUAUGCAGUAUCAUGAGUAAAGAAAAAUGGCAUUGCAGAUGAGGCAAUGAAAAAAAAUUUUGUGGCCACUGAAAUUUUGAAGUUUUUUAAUUAAAGUGUGUGUGGUGAUGGUGAUCAAACUCAGGGUCUCGCACAUGCAAGGCAUAUAGCUGCCACUGAGCCUCAUUCUCUAGCCAAAUUUCAGAGCUGCUUAUUUUGGAGCUGUCUCUUGUCUUUUGACCAAUACUGUCAUUGCUGUAGUGCUAGAUUUUGUAGCCAGAAUCAUAUGGCAAGAUACAAAAGAAAUUUAAAUUAUUAGAGCACUGCAUGUCAUGUCAU